GGGGCGUGUCGGGAAGGCGGCGGGCUUGUGCGAUCUUCGGUGGUGGCGGCGACGAGAGCCAUGGUGGGUGGCGAGGCCGCCGCGUCAGUGGAGAAGCUAGUUUCCGGGGUGCGGCAGGCGGCCGACUUCGCCGAGCAGUUCCGCUCCUACUCGGAGAGCGAGAAGCAAUGGAAAGCGCGCAUGGAGUUCAUCCUGCGCCAUCUGCCUGACUACCGAGACCCACCCGACGGCGGCGGCCGUCUGGACCAGCUGCUGUCCCUCUCCAUGGUCUGGGCCAACCACCUCUUUCUGGGCUGCAGUUACAGUAAAGACCUUCUGGACAAGGUGAUGGAAAUGGCUGAUGGGAUUGAAGUGGAGGACCUGCCACAGUUUAUAACCAGAAGUGAAUUAAUGAAAAAGCAUCAAAGCUAAGGCAGAUGUACCACAUUUCCUCCCCUGGGGACAGACUUAGAAAGGAGACCAGGGUGGAGGUGAACCAUGGCAGCUCUUGAGAUUUCUGGUGUUUGCAGCACAGAAGCAGCUGGAAUGGAAAGGGACGUGUCUACAAGUGCUUCAGAGAAGUCUUGGUUCUUCCAGAAGCUGUUGCUGUGAAGUGCAGUACAUAUGCAUAUUCGUGUGUUUAUUAAAUGGCGGACUCUCCGAAAUUUUGUCUGCAUUGUCCAAGCCAAACUUUAUUUGAAAUGCCUUUUAUGUUGGUAUAAUAAUGACAGUGAUUUUUUUUUUU